AUGGAGAACGCAGCACCAACUGAAGACGUGGCGGCAAUCGCCAAGGUCGAGAACGUGGAAGAAAAAGAGGAGGAGAUGCAGGCAGGUGCAACGGAGGAGAAAGUGGAAGAGGAAGAGGAAGAUGAGGACGAUUCGCCCAACAAGCAUAUCCUUGCCCACAAGACUGCCAUCGUUAAAGUGUUUGCCACCACCCAGGCAUGGGACCACGACUGUCCCUGGCAAGCCCUCAGCAUCCAGACCGCGAGUGGCUCGGGCGUGGUCAUCGCUGGCGGCAGAAUUCUCACGGUGGCCCACGUUGUCGCCAACCAAACCUUCUGCCAGAUCCAGCGGUGCGGCAUUCCAGACAAGCACCAAGCCAAGGUCCUCUUCGUUAGCCAUGAGUGCGAUCUCGCCUUGCUCGAACCCGAGGACCCCAGCUUGUUCGCAGAUAUCACUCCGCUGGAGAUGGGUGAGCUGCCGGACUUGAGGGACCAGGUGUACGUGUGCGGGUUCCCCGUGGGCGGCGAUGAGAUCAGCAUUUCCGAGGGCGUCGUCUCCCGCAUUGAAAUCCAGGUCUUGCUCCCUCGCACAGUCCUGGUUUGUGGCGGUCCGUGCAUCAAAGACGGCAAGAUCGUAGGGCUGGCGUUUCAGGGGAUGGACAACAUCGACAACGUCGGCGAGGUCGUGCCCACGUUGGUCAUCCAUCACUUCCUCGAGGGCGUGAGGCGAGCACAGGAGGACGGUGUCAAGUACCAGGGCUUCCCAGCACUGGGCGUAGUCAUUCAAGGCAUUUUAAACCCGCUUCUCCGACAGAGCCUCGGUAUGCAGGGGAAGGAGAGCGGGGUGCUGGUGACUAAGGUCAUGUACGGCAACUCGGCGUACGGACACAUCGAGGCGGGUGACGUCAUUCUGGAGAUCGAUGGCGUGAAGGUCUUUAACAACGGCACCGUCUCCCUCAAGAUCAACCCCACAUCCAAACACAAAUACAGGACGUGGUACGGUAUUCUGCUCCACUCGCGUCAUGUGGGCGAUGAGAUAUCACUGCUCGUCCGCCGGAAGAGCGCCGGCUACGCGCUGCAGUCGGUCAAGUUCCCGCUCCUGCCGCUGACCAUGCUCGUGCCCACGCCCACCUACGACGUGCCGCCGUCGUAUUUCCUCUACUGCGGGCUGCUCUUCCAGCCGCUGAGCAAGGACUACCUCACCACCUGGUCCAACUGGCGCAAGAACGCCCCCAAAGAAUACGUCCACUUCUACGAGUGCGGGAUCCCGGAGAAGGAUCGCACACAAGUGGUUGUCCUCACGAAGAUCUUGGCGGACAGAAUCAAUGUGGGUUAUGACGACGACGGGGCCUACACCAACUCCAGCGUGACAUCGUGCAACGGCGUGCCCAUCCGCAACCUGCAGCACCUUGUCGACGAGAUCAUCACGCUCGUGACGAGCGAGAACGGGGUGGUGGUGCUGCCCGCGCCCAAGCACAAAACUGCAGAGGAGGCCAAGGAGCGCAUCCUCCGCGUCUACAAGAUACAGCAGGACCGAUCCGCCGACCUCCUCGCCGCGCCGCCAUCAUCGCCACCACCAUCGUCGCCGCAGGCCUGA